AGCUUUAUGCAGUGCGAUUGUCAGGGGGAGAAGAGAAGUUCCGAAAUGUCAGACGAAGAUGAUAUAAAUGAUUCAUCUUUUACCAAAGACGUUAGAGUGAAGUUCAUCGCGGAGAAAGUAUGUUUUCUACUGCAAGUGCAACAGGAAACUUGGGAGAAAAGAGUUGCAGACGCGGAGUUUCGGUCGCUUCUGAAGGACUUUCUGCAGAAAAAAACAAUCCUCUAUUUCUCCUCAUCCAGCAAGCUCUGUCUGAGUGCUUCAACUCAGAUCCAAACUGCAGCUGCUCAGUCCAAACAGCUUUAUGUUCUCAAGACUAGAGAAGCUGCCGUAAGCUCUGAGAACUACAGAGGGCUUCUAACAUUUGGCCUCCUGUCUUCAUCACCUCUGAUGCAGAUAAUAUAUUCAUUACAGCAGGAAAUUGGGCCCCUUCUAACAGAUGUCGAAAAUCAUCCCUCAUGGCCAAAUGUGCUAUCUAAGGAUAUCAGUCAUAAUGUGGAGAAGCUGUGCCAUAUGACAUCAGUUGUUGAAGGCCAGGCUAUAGGGAAAACUGUUCUCCCUAUCCCAUAUACAGCAGGCUGGAUGGAAAAUUCAUACGACAUAAUUAACAUGAGUGACAACUGCAAGAGGGCAUUGGUUUACAACAUUGAGACCAUUUUUAUCAGUUGGAGCAGUCUGAUUGAGAAAAUCUUAACACAGGACUCAUCAGAUCUUCUACAGACAUGCUCUAACCCAGGGCCCAGUGAAGAAAUCAGCUUCUGGGCUUCCAGAAUGAGGAAUCUUGAGGGUAUUCAACACCAGCUUCAGAGUCCCAUUGUUGAAAGGAUGGCAUUUGUGUUAGAGGUGAUGGACAGCAGCUAUUAUCCAAUGAUCAACACCCUAAUUGGAAAUGUGUCUGAUGCCUUUAAAGAAGCCCAAGAUGUUGACCUUUAUCUACGGCCACUAGGUGUACAGUUAGCCCAAAUGGAAAAGACUCACUUUCCUGACAUGGAGAAAUACACUCCUGCACUUUUUCAUACAGUAUUCCUUAUAUGGACCAACUGUCAGUAUUACCAGAAACCAGCUCGCAUUGCAGUGCUUCUGCAGGAACUCUGCAAUCUGUUCAUUGAACAGACUUUUGCGUACCUUCCUGAAGAUUUGCUGCAUAGAGAGGAUACAGAGGACAAUCUGCUAAUCAUAAAGAAGGUGAUAAAAGUUCUGAGAUGCUUCAAAGAGAGUUACCAGAUCCAGAAGGAGUGGCUAGAAAAGCAGGAGAGAUUCCCACCCUGGGAUUUCUCAUCUGCUUUUUCACACUUCAACCAAUUCACAAAUCGUAUGCUUGAACUGAAGAACCUGUGUGAAACUGUCAUGGAAUUUCAACGGUUGGAAAGAAUAGAGUUUGGAGGCAUUAAAGGAAAUGUCUACAUUGAGCAAGUCAAGCUAGGCAAUGAGUUCACCUACUUCUGCCAAGCAUUAAAGCAAAGUAAAAGCAAUCUUUUUGACUUCAGCUCUCAGGCUUUUGAAGAGGAGUAUAAGACUUUUACCAAAAGAAUUUCAGACUUUGAACAUCGCCUUGCAAACCUCCAGUGUGGAGCUUUUAAGGAGUCCACAGGACUGGAAUCAGCCUUAAAAAUGCUAAUGACCAUUAGACCCAUUUUGGAGAGAAGAACAGUCAGACAGUUAUUAAGUCCAUCCUUCAUCCUGCUUCAGCAGUUGUUUAGCGAAGAAUUAAAAAAUAUUGCCUUUCUGAUAAAAUCUCGUAAUGAUCAGGUGGCACCGACAUCUGAAGUUUUAAAGUGGGCAAAAAUGCUUAAAGAACGCAUUGAAUCACCAUGGAAAAAAUUCAGAUUACUAUUUGACAUGUCUACACAGUCUAAGGAGAUGGUGAAUGUGUACAGCAUGUACAGGGAUUUGUUGAGUUCUUUGGAGGAGCGUGAAAAGGACGUUUAUGCUGAGUGGUGUAACGGUUUGGAAGAGACUUGUCUAUUUAACCUUAACCAGCCUCUGAUUUCAAGAAAUCCAUUGUCAGAACUGAUCUCAAUCAACUUCACUCCGGAGCUUGCUGAAAUCUUAAGGGACGUAUUGUAUAUUCAUAAAAACACAAAGAGCACCCUCCCUGCAGCUGCGAUCGCUGUCCUUGACAAACACAACAUUUUCAAGAAGUGUAUUGACUGUCUGAGGCUUAUAGUACAACAGUACAACAAUCUUAAGAUGCUGGAGAUGGAACGUCCCCUCAUUAAAGCUGACUUGGGCUCUGUAGACUCAAAGCUGGCAAAAGCAGAGACCAGCCUGACAUGGCAGGAUCAGGACUGCUGGAGCUUUGUUCAGAGCACAAAAGAGCUGGUUCAAGACCUUGCAUAUCGGGUCAGCAAAGCCAAGAAAAACUUUGAUACAAUUGAGUCAGUGAUAAAGGGCUGGAGCAAAACCACAAUGUACACAAGACAAGACAAGAAAGGCUCCCUCAUACAACUGGAGGGGAGGAAAGAGCAGGUGAUCAAGAAGUACAGCUCCAUGAAGACGGAUGGAGACCAUAUUCAUCAGUUAAUACAGAAGAAUAUGGUCCUCUUCGGCGCUGAUCCUGCUUCAACAGAAUGGCAGUCCUACCUGGAAUGUAUAGACAAGGUGGUAGUUGAAGGGCUCUUCAAGUUCAUCCUCCACUCUCUUCAGUUCUUUUUGGACAAUAUGGAAUUGUCCCCAUCAUUACCUCCUCUGUUUGAGACCAGGUUAAUUCUGAAUGACUCAGUUUUAAGUUUCAAUCCUUCCAUUGACCGAGAUGUUGAAGAUGGUCUCUAUGAACUGGUGGAAGAAUUGAUUGGAGACAUAUUCAAGUCUUCAGUGAACAUACAGAGAGUGGCUGGUCAUCUUAAUAUGGAUACCUAUCAGGAUAUAAUGGAUGACAUACCAGUUUUGUGUCACCUGCGGCAUGAAAUAAUGGCAAAAGUGGGCAGCGUCCUUAAAGCAGCUGAAAAUUACCAGAAAGAGUUUGAUUGCUACCGACACCUAUGGCAAAAUGACCGAGAAGAGUUCUUCAGGCAGUUUUCCAUGAGUGGUCGUGAUCGUGCGGCAAGAGAGACUGACCCUUACAGAGCAAACGUGUUCCCUGAAACCUUGCCUACCACUGAUGACUUCAAACAAGAGGUUGAGUAUUAUGACAAACUGCAUUCUAAAGUGUCACAAUUGGAAGAUAGUAGAGUGUUCGACGGAUGGCUUUGGGUGGACUGCAGGUACUUUAAAGCUAGCCUUCUUAACACAAUACAAAAGUGGAGCUGGCUUCACAAAGAGCGCCUCUUAAAAUGUGUGACCAACAGCCUUGAAGAACUGCAGGAAUCCGUCCAAGUUGCAGUCAAGGGGCUGACAGGUCCAAUUGUCAAAGAAGAUCACCAAGGCUUUCUAGAUAUUAUGAGUCUACUGUUGGCUGUCCGAGCAAGAAUAGGUGCCAUUGACAGAGUGUUUGAAUCUCUGAGAGGGACAAUAGUUCUCCUAGAACAUUGUGACGUAAAAAUACCGGAAUAUUGCUAUACUCAAAUGGAGGAGCUUCCAGAAAAAUGGAAUGAAGUAAAGAAGCUGACCGUAGAAGUGAAGAGUGAAAUUGCAACCAUGCAAAGGGCAGAAGUCCUUGUUUUAAAAUCAAGAUGCAAAGCUUUUGAGGUAAAACAAGCCAAACUCAGGAAAGACUUCUCCACAAAUGCACCUUUCAGUUACAAUACGGUGCAACCCUAUGUUUGUCUGGAUAAAUCAGAAACAGCUAUCCGAGAAAUGGAGAGAGAAUUAGCAGAGCUCCAAAAGUCUGCACAUCUUUUUGAUACAACGAUACCUGACUACAAAGACGUAAAGCUAUGUCGACAUGAAAUCUCUAUCCUGAAAGAACUCUGGGACCUUGUGAUAUGUGUGCAGAGCACUGUCAAAAACUGGACAAAGACCAACUGGAGAAAGAUAAAUGUGGAGCAGAUGGAAUCCAAUUUGAAAUGCUUUGCCAGGGCCAUACGGAGGUUUGACAAAGAUGCACGCUUGUGGGAUGUGUAUGUCGCAUUAGACAAGCAUGUAAAAAACUUGUUGACAGCGUUGAAUUCUGUCAGGCAACUACAGAGCCAGGCAAUACGAGAGCGCCACUGGCUGGAGUUGAUUAAAAUAACAAAGGUUGACUUCACUAUGACAGACACAACCACCCUGGGGGAUCUUUUGGCUUUGCAGCUACAUUUGUUUGAAGAAGAAAUCAGCGAUAUGGUGGAUAAGGCUGUCAAAGAAAUGGCCACAGAGAAGAUUAUAACAAAAAUAAACCAAACAUGGGCCUCAAUGGAGCUUUCGUUUGAGGAACAUUACCAGACGUCUCUGCCACUAAUUAAAUGUAACGAGGACCUUAUUGUGAUGCUAGAGGAUCACCAGAUUCAACUCCAGAAUGUUGUUCAGAGCAAGCAUGUGGCUCACUUCUUAGACCAAGCUCUGGAACUACAGCACCAACUGAUGGUGGCUGAUUGCGUUCUGAGUAUCUGGAUGGAGGUUCAAAGAACAUGGGUCUAUCUGGAAAGCAUCUUCAAAAGCUGUGAAGAUAUUUGUCAACAGAUUCCUAACGACACCUUAAGAUUCCAAAAGAUAGAUGCUGAAUAUAAGGAGAUAAUGCUUGAAAGUGCUAAUAAUAAGAAUUUUAUCGAAGCCACCAACAAACAACAUCUAUUUGAGGAGUUAGAGGACCUGCAAAAAAGGCUGGCUUUAUGUGAAAAAGCUUUGGCUGAGUAUCUGGAAAUGAAAAGAUUUGUCUUUCCACGUUUCUACUUUGUUUCAUCUGCAGACCUGUUGGACAUCCUCUCCAAAUGGAAUCGCCCAAAGAAGGUUACCAUUUAUCUCCCAAAACUGUUUGACAGCAUGUCAGACCUGGAGUUUAACAGCAGUGAAGUGCUGCCAAACCCUAAACAUGCUUUGGGCAUGUAUAGCAAAGAGAGAGAGUAUGUAAAGUUCCAAAAUGAUUGUUUCUGUGAUGGACCGGUGGAAGAAUGGCUCACUCGUCUUGAGGAGUCGAUGAGGAAAUGUAUCAGGGCUCACCUGUCUGAAGCUGUGUCUGUGUAUGAGGAGAGACCCAGAGAGCUGUGGAUUCUGGAUUACCCAGCUCAAGUUGCUCUCACUGGGUCACAGAUCUGGUGGAACAAUGAUAUGGAGCUUGUUUUUAGAAGACUGGAGGAAGGAUAUGAGUCAGCGUUAAAAGACUACAACAAGAAACAGGUUAUCCAACUCAACAUACUCAUUGAAAUGCUCCUUGGUGAGCUGAGUCCUGGUGACAGGCAGAAGAUCAUGACUGUCUGCACCAUUGAUGUCCAUGCUAGAGACAUUGUUAGCAGCCUUGUUGUCCAAAAGGUCACCAACUCUCAGGCCUUCCAUUGGCUGUCCCAGCUUCGGCACAGAUGGAACGAGAAACUGCAGGAAUGCACUAUUAACAUCUGUGAUGCUCAGUUCUUUUACUCAUAUGAGUAUGUUGGUAAUACUUCACGUCUGGUCAUCACUCCGCUGACAGAUCGGUGUUACAUCACACUGACCCAGUCACUCCAUCUGACCAUGAGUGGAGCUCCAACAGGUCCUGCUGGAACUGGGAAAACUGAAACUACAAAGGAUCUUGGCAGAGCCAUGGGUGUCAUGGUGUACAUCUUUAACUGUUCUGAACAGAUGGACUACCAGUCAAUUGGAAACAUCUAUAAGGGUCUGGCUCAGACUGGUGCAUGGGGCUGCUUUGAUGAAUUCAACCGUAUUGCUGUGGACGUUCUGUCGGUUGUAGCAGUGCAGGUCAAAACUAUUCAGGACGCUAUUCGCUCUAAAAAGGAAACUUUCCUGUUCCUCAAUCAGAAUAUUGCCUUAAAGAAAUCAGUUGGGAUUUUCAUCACUAUGAACCCGGGAUAUGCAGGCAGGGCAGAACUACCUGAGAACCUCAAGGCUCUUUUUAGACCCUGUGCAAUGGUGGUGCCUGACACUCAGCUUAUUUGUGAAAUAAUGUUGGUAGCAGAGGGCUUCCGUAGUGCUAAGCUUUUAGCCAAGAAGUUUACUACCCUAUACAAUCUCUGCAAAGAGUUACUAUCUAAGCAGGACCACUAUGAUUGGGGUUUGCGUGCUGUUAAAUCUGUUUUGGUUCUGGCUGGUGGUCUCAGAAGAAAAGAUAAAACAAGACCAGAGGAUCAGAUUUUGAUGCGUGCAUUGCGGGACUUCAACAUGCCAAAAAUUGUGACUGAGGAUGUGACUGCCUUCCUGGGACUGCUUGGGGACCUGUUUCCUGGCCUGGAGGUUGAGAGACAGAGAAACUUUGAACUUGAAAAGGCCACCAGAGAAUCUACUGUGAAGCUUGGAUUACAACCUGAGGAAACGUUUGUCCUAAAGGUAGUACAGCUGGAGGAACUCCUGGCAGUGCGUCACUCUGUAUUUGUCACUGGAAGUGCAGGAACUGGAAAAAGCCAAAUCCUACGAGUUCUUUAUAAAACGUAUAUGGAGCUAGGACGAAAGCCAGUCUGGAAUGACCUCAAUCCAAAGGCUAUUGACAGAGAUGAACUGUUUGGGUUCAUUCAUCCUGCAACGCGGGAGUGGAAAGAUGGUUUGCUUUCAUCAGUGAUGCGGCAGCAGGCGAAGAUCUCCCAUCCUGGGCCUAAGUGGAUUGUGUUGGAUGGAGACAUUGAUCCAAUGUGGAUUGAAUCACUCAACACAGUGAUGGAUGAUAACAAGGUCCUGACCCUAGCCAGUAAUGAGCGUGUGGCGCUUACCCCAUCCAUGAGGUUGAUGUUUGAAAUUAGUCACCUUCGGAUGGCAACGCCUGCCACCAUCUCUAGAGCGGGGAUCCUUUAUGUUAACCAGCAGGACUUGGGCUGGAACCCGUACGUUUCAAGUUGGAUUGACAAGCGCGAACGGCAGACAGAAAGGGCUCACCUGAUGAUACUUUUUGAGAAAUAUGUUCCCCGUUGUCUUGACCAGAUGAAAAACACAUUUAAAACCAUAACUCCUAUACCAGAGAGCUCCUUGGUGCAGACACUCUGCACUUUGCUCGACUGCCUUUUAACUCUGGAAAAUGUUCCUGCUGAGUCCCCUCGUGACAUCUAUGAGACAUAUUUUACCUUUGCUUGCAUUUGGGCUUUCGGGGGAGCCCUCUAUAAAGACCAGCUGCAUGAUUACCCCUUGAAGUUCAGCCAGUGGUGGACCAAAGAAAUGAGGACAGUUAAGCUGCCCACCCAAGGGACAGUGUUCGACUACUACCUCGACCACCACACCAAACGAUUCCUACCCUGGGCUGAUAUUGUACCAAGCUUUGAAAUGGAAAGCGGUGUACCACUACAGGCUGUUGUGGUGCACACAGCAGAGACUGUGCGUCUUAGCUACUUCAUGGACUUGUUGCUGGAGAAGAGGCAGCCAGUGAUGCUUGUGGGGAAAGCUGGAGUGGGAAAGACUGCACUUGUCAAAAACAAGUUAGAUGCUCUGUCAGAGAGUUGCACAACCGCAAAAGUACCCUUCAGCUACUACACAACCUCCCUCAUGUUGCAAGAGAUUUUAGAGCGACCAUUGGAGAAAAGAGCAGGAAGAACCUAUGCAGCUGCAGGCAACAAGAGGCUGGUCUAUUUUAUAGAUGACAUGAACAUCCCAGCUGUGGACAGCUAUGGAACAGUGCAGCCUCAUGCACUGAUACGUCAGCAUCUUGAUUAUGGACACUGGUACUGCAGACAGAAACUGACUUUAAAGGAAGUUCAAAAUACCCAAUAUGUUGCUUGCAUGAAUCCAACAGCUGGGAGCUUCAUCAUCAACCCCAGGUUGCAGAGACAUUUCUCAGUUUUUGCAGUAAACUUCCCUUCGUUGGAGUCUCAGGCAUCAAUUUAUGGUCAUAUUUUGUGUGGCCAUUUAAAACAAGGAGCUUUCACUCACUCAGUCCAGCAAAGCGCUUCUUCUGUUGUUCGGGCUGUCACAACUCUGAAUGACAAGAUGCUUCAUAGUUUUCUGCCUUCAGCAGUCAAGUUUCACUAUGUGUUCAAUCUUCGAGACAUAUCUAACAUCUUUCAGGGCAUUCUUUUGGCUGGUCCAGAAACGGUGAGGGAAAGGACCGACCUGGUGGGAUUGUGGCUCCAUGAGUCCUGCAGAGUGUACUCAGACAGACUAGUAGAUCUGAAGGACCUCAAGCUUUUCCAAAAGAUCCAAAUGGAGACUGUGCGUGAAUGCUUUGAGGGACUGGAUAGUGAAAAGGUGAACAAGCAGCCCUUACUCUACUGCCACUUUGCAAACAUUGACAGAGGACAUUCCUAUAACCCUCUCACUAACUGGUCCACACUAAGGACCAUCCUCAAUGAAGCCUUGGAAAGUUACAAUGAGCUCUAUCCAGCCAUGAAUCUUGUGUUGUUUGAUGAUGCCAUACAGCAUGUAUGUCGCAUCAGUCGUAUCUUAGAGGCGCCAGGGAGUCAUGGCUUACUGGUCGGGGUUGGGGGCAGUGGAAAGCAGAGUCUGACUCGCCUAGCUGCCUACAUGUGUUCUGUGGAAGUCUCCCAAAUAAUGCAGAGAAAGGGUUAUAGCAUCCAAGACUUCAAGGUAGAUCUUGCAGGAUUAAUUCUAAAGGCUGGAGUGAAGAAUAAGCGUGUGACUUUGCUCCUGACGGAUGCACAGAUACCCGAUGAUCGGUUUCUAGUCCUUAUUAACCACUUUCUAGCAUCAGGUGAAAUUCCAGAGAUCUUCAAUGAAGAACUGGUCGAACAUGUUGUUUCCAGUUUGAAGCGAGAGGUGCGCAGUUUCGGACUGCUGGAUGACAGGGAGAACUGCUGGAGAUUCUUUACACAACGAGUGCAGCAACAACUUACGGUCAUACUGUGUUCAUCUCCAACGGGCAGUAACCUACGUGUCAGGGCCCAUCGGUUCCCGGCCCUUAUUAACUGUACAACCAUCAACUGGUUUCAUCCCUGGACAACUGAAGCACUACAGUCAGUGAGCUAUCGGUUCAUCCAUGAAGUUGAUGGAAUUGAGCCUGCUGUCCAGGAAUCCAUCAGUCUUUUCAUGGCCUACGUUCACAACAGUGUCAACCAGGCAAGUGAAAAAUACCUGCAAAAUGAGAAGAGGUACAAUUACACCACCCCCAAGAGCUUUCUCCAGCAAAUCACCAUGUACAGAAACCUUCUGGAGAAAAGCCGGGCUAAGCUUCUGCACAAGAUGAACCGGCUAAACAAUGGCCUUCAGAAACUCCAAAGCACUGCAGCACAGGUUGAUGAUCUACAAGCUAAAUUGGCAUCACAAGAAACUGAGCUGACUUUAAAAAAUGAAAAGAUAGGAGCUCUUUUAAAAAAGAUUGGCUUACAGACUGAGAAAGUCAGCAAGAAGAGAGAGGCAGCAGACUUGGAAGCACAAAAGGUUGCUGCGAUGCAGACAGAAAUUGCUGUCAAACGGAAGGAUUGUGAAAAAGACCUUGCUAAAGCAGAACCCUCACUGACAGCUGCAGUGGAAGCUCUAAACACACUCAACAAGGUAAAUCUUACUGAGUUUAAAGCUUUUCCAAACCCUCCAGCUGCGGUGACCAAUGUUGCAGCUGCUGUCAUGGUCUUGCUGGCUCCUCAUGGCCGUGUACCUAAGGAUCGGAGCUGGAAAGCGGCACGGGCCUUCAUGGGCAAGGUGGAUGAUUUCCUACAUGCCCUGAUGUCGUAUGACAAAGAGCACAUCCCUGAAUCCUGCCUUACUGUGGUGAAGCAACAAUAUCUGAGAAACCCAGACUUCCGUCCAGAUCUAGUUUGGACCAAAUCUACAGCUGCAGCUGGGCUCUGUGCUUGGACUAUUAAUAUUGUUAGAUACUAUGAGAUUUAUUGUGAGGUUAUCCCAAAACGCUGUGCAUUAUCGCAAGCUAAUGCAGAGCUAGAAAUGGCAACAGCCAAAUAUUUAGCAGUUCAAAAAAAACUGGCGGAUUUUGAUAACAACCUUCAAAGCCUAACAGCUCAGUUUGACAGAGCUACAGCUGAGAAAAUUAGUUGUCAAGGGGAGGUGACGCAGACCUCCCAGACCAUAGAGCUGGCCAACCGACUCGUCAAAGGCCUAAUGGCAGAAAAGGAACGCUGGUCCCAGGCAAUUGUCCAGUAUGAGAAACAGCAGAAAACCUUGUGUGGCGACGUCCUCCUAACGUCAGCUUUCAUGUCAUACUUGGGUUAUUUUACGAGCCAGUAUCGAGUGGAGCUUUUUAAAAACUCUUGGAUCCCUUUCCUUCAGUCACAGAAGGUCUCUGUGGCCCUGACAGACGACCUGGAUCCGAUCCUCAUGCUUACAGAUGAUGCCACUGUCGCAGCCUGGCACAACCAGGGCUUGCCAAACGAUAGGAUGUCAACUGAAAAUGCAGCCAUCCUGACCACCAGUGAGCGUUGGCCUCUCAUCAUCGACCCACAGCAACAGGCCAUCAAGUGGAUCCGAAAUCGUCUCGGGCCAGAUCUGAGGGUGGUGCGCCUGGGACAGAAAGGGUAUAUGAAAAUAAUAGAACAAGCUCUCAUCUGUGGAGAAACCGUCCUUAUAGAAAAUCUCCAAGAAGAGGUUGACCCCAUCCUGGAGCCUGUACUGGAAAAAAGAACAGUUAAAAAAGGAAGGUUUAUUCUUAUUGGCGACAAGGAGUGUGAGUACAACAAGAACUUUCAGCUAAUUCUACACACCAAGCUGGCUAAUCCGCACUUCCCUCCUGAGCUCCAGGCCCAGACCACCCUCAUUAACUUCACAGUAACACCCGAGGGCCUGGGGAACCAGCUUCUUGGACAGGCGGUGUCCAGUGAGAGACCUGACCUGGAGAGUCUAAAGCUGCAGCUCACCAUGCAACAGAACCAAUUCAAGAUUGAGCUCAAGAAGUUUGAGGAUGAUCUACUGAGUCAUUUGUCUGCGGCUAGUGGUAAUUUUCUCAGUGACAACUCUCUGGUGGAGCAGCUUGAAAAUACCAAGCGCAUGGCCUCUCACAUUCAGUGUAAGGUGGCAGAGGCUAGAGACAACGAGACAAAGAUCAACGAGGCUCGGGAACUAUACCGCCCAGCAGCUGAGAGAGCGUCGCUCCUGUUUUUUAUCAUCAAUGACCUCAGCAAGAUUAACCCCAUGUACCAGUUUUCUCUCAAGGCAUUUAACUCAAUGUUUAACAAAGCAAUAAAGAAUGCUGAAUGGGACGAAGAUGUACAGACCAGAGUGUGCACCCUCACUGAGGCCAUCACCUAUUCUGUAUUCCUGUACACCAGCCAGGGCCUGUUUGAGAGAGACAAAUUAACCUUCUUGUCACACAUUGCCUUCCAGAUUCUCCUUAGUCAGGGUCUGAUUGAUCCCCAGGAAUUUGAGUUCCUGCUUCAUUUCCCAGUGGAGGCUACAAAAGUCAGUGCACUGUCAUUCCUCUCUCCACAAAGCUGGGGGGCCAUUAAGACAAUCUCUACAAUGGAGGGAUUCAGUGGGCUUGACAAAGAUAUGGAGAGUUCCCCGAAACGCUGGAGGAAGAUUGUUGAAUCCAGCACUCCUGAGAACGAAAAGCUUCCUCAGGACUGGAAGAAUAAGAGCCUCCUUCAGAAGCUCAUUAUCCUGAGAGCACUCCGACCUGAUAGGCUAACCUAUGCAUUGCGGAGGUUUGUGGAACAAAGCAUGGGAACUAAAUAUUUGGAGAACACCAGGCUGGAAUUUAUGACACUGUAUGAGGAUAGCAGUCCUUCAACCUCCAUGUUCUUCAUCCUUUCACCUGGAGUGGAUCCACUUAGAGAUGUUGAGAAACUAGGUUUAAAGCUUGGAUUUUCCAUUGACUGGGGAACUUUGCACAAUGUGUCCCUUGGACAGGGGCAGGAGGAGGAGGCAGAGAGGGUUCUCAGGAAUGCCUCCAAACACGGACAAUGGGUCAUUUUGCAGAAUGUGCACCUUGCGGUUCGCUGGCUGCCUUUGCUAGAUGCUCUCUUGGAGAUGGCAGCAGCAGACAGCCAUGCCAGCUACAGAGUUUUCAUCACUGCAGAACCAGCAGAGAGCCCUGAGCAGAAUAAGAUCCCCAGAGGCGUACUGGAGAAUGCCAUCAAAAUCACAAACGAGCCCCCUUCCGGCAUGAACCCCAGUUUACACGCUGCGCUCAACAACUUCAGCCAGGAGACUCUAGAUAUGUCUUCCAGAGAGCAAGAGUUUAACUUGAUGUUGUUCUCCCUCUGCUUCUUCCACGCCUGUGUAACAGAACGUAGAAAAUUUGGUCCCCAAGGAUGGAAUCACAACUACCCCUUCAGCACAGGGGACCUCACCAUUUCGGCCAAUGUUUUAUAUAACUACCUAGAGGCCAACUCCAAAGUGCCCUGGGAGGACUUAUGUUAUCUGUUUGGAGACAUCAUGUAUGGGGGCCACAUCACAGAUAUCUGGGAUAGAAGGCUCUGCAAGACCUAUCUGCAACAAUUUAUGCAUCCUAAAAUGUAUGAAGCAGAUAUCUCUUUGUGUCUGGGAUUUCUGGCGCCUCCAUAUUUGGACUACACUGGUUACCAUGUUUAUAUUGAUGAAAACCUCCCAGCAGAGAGCCCCAUGUUGUAUGGCCUCCAUCCAAACGCUGAAUUAGAGUGCCUCACUGUCACCUCAGAAAACCUGUUCAGGUCUCUGUGGAACCUGCAGCCCCAGGACCUGUCCAGAGGAGAAGAAGCCACUGAAAGCACAGACGAGAGGGUCAUAGCCAUACUUAAAGGCAUGCUUGAGAGGCUUCCAGAGGAAUAUAAUGUCUCUGAGAUGAUGACAAAGACAACAGACCGAAGCCCAUAUGUCUUAGUGUGCUUCCAGGAGUGUGAGCGUAUGAACCUGCUGUUAUUGGAAAUAAGGAAGUCCCUCAAUGAGCUAAACGCUGGUCUAAAGGGAGAAUUUACCACCUCCUCCAGUAUGGAGACUCUACAGUCUGCACUCUUCAAUGAUUUGGUUCCAGACUCUUGGGCUAGACUGGCUUUUCCCUCAACUAAAACACUGGCACAGUGGUUGAAUGAUCUAAAUAUCAGCUGUCAUGAGCUGGACAGUUGGAGUCAAGACUUUGUUCCUCCUGCUGUUGUUUGGCUGUCUGGGCUUUUCAACCCACAGUCCUUCCUUACUGCCGUGCUGCAGAGUGUUGCUCGCAAAACUCAGUCACCUCUCGACAAAAUGACUCUGACUGUUGAUGUUACAAAGAAGAUGAAAGAGGACUUUGGGCAUCCUCCAAGGGAGGGAGCAUACAUUCAUGGACUCUUCAUGGAAGGGGCUCGUUGGGACAUUGAGUUGGGUGUAAUCUCUGAGGCUUUUCUUAGAGAUCUCACACCCGCCAUGCCUGUACUGUAUGUUCGAGCUAUGCUUGAGGAGAAGCAGGUGCUCAGGAACACCUUUGAAUGUCCAGUGUACCGCACAAAGCAGCGCGGCUCCACAUAUGUAUGGGCCUUCCACCUUCGAACCAAGGAGCCUCCAGCCAAAUGGGUUGUAGCUGGAGCUGCUUUACUCUUGUCUGUUUGAGAAAGUCAUUAAGUUCAGAGAGCAUUGUAAAAUUGGUCUAAAAAUACUACAGAGAAAAGGGUAACAAAAAUUAUUAUAUAAGUAUUAUUUGUUCAUGUAUGUGUUUCUAAUAGACAUUAAUUCACAGCUAAUCUAAACAUUUAAUUUUUUCCUCAAAAUCUGUUGAUAUAAAAGAUUAAGCCUGUUGUUCUUUUGUCCCAUGCUGCUGCUCAUCUCCCUUGAGUCUGGCUGGGAUUUUCCGGUAGCUUACGUCUUUAUCUAAGACGUGUAAUUUUGUAUCAGCAGCAUAUUUUAUUGGAAGGUCAAGAUUAAAAAAAGCCCUCCAGCUGCCCUCUGCUAACUGAAUGAUACACAAUGCUGUCUGGAGGGAUCCUGGACCAAAUUCCCAGGAGAUGAUGUGCAUGGUGGCUAUUGACUUUUAAAUGAGGUGCAUUUGACAUUGACCUUUUGUACUGCAGUGGCAGAAUACUAACAGACUAGUGGAAUUCAUUCAGCCUAGGCUGUUGCAAAAAUCUUUUGAAAGGAACUGAUAGUUUUGUGAGAAAGCAACAUGUUAUAUUACCCAUCCUUUAUCUUUCUUCUCCUCUCUCUCUGCUUGUGAUUAACCAAUUACAUAUUUUUAUGUAUUAGAAUUAUGUAUGGAGAGAGUUAGCUUGGUAAAAAAAUGUAUCUUGUUUUUAUCAAAUUGAGUGAUGAUAUUUGCUCUCCUUAUAAUGACUACAAAGAUUGUUAAUUGCAAUAAAUAUAGCUAUAUACAUGAAUAAACAUGGACAUAAAUAAAACAUGAAACUGGAAUUAAAUUCCCUAAA